CGUAAAGAUUUAACAACCUUGAUUUUUAUUAUUGUAUUGGCGGGCGGACGGGCUGGACUCUGGAGGCCAACGAAGCAAAUCCCUCAAACGUCGCCGUCAUGGAGCGACAGACUCCACCGAGUCGUGUCCCCCUUCUCCCCCUCUAACUCUAUCUGAAAGCUUUAACUCUCAACGUUCAAAUCAAAGAUUCAAUGGUGUUGGUUCCAUGAAUUUCUCCCCCUCUAAUUCCCAAUUUCGACACGGCUUUCCUCCUCUACACACGCGCCUCCCUGGUUUCCCUCACGCGCCGCCGUUCCCAACCCGCCCACACUCCCCCCACCUUUUUGCUUUCUUAUCUUAGCGCUUUCCCAUCAUCUCCUUUCUCAAACCCCCCCUUCUUUUCCCCCUUUCUCUCUUUCCCACUCUCCGGCUCCUUCCGCCCGCUCUUCUUCUGCUUCAUCGCUGCCUUUUUUUGUUAAAAAUUUCCCAGAGAUCUGAAAAAAAUUAGAGGAGGUGGAGGAGGGAGUGCAAGGGGGUGCGGGUUGGUGGUUCCUUUAUGAAUCCUCAGCUUCUGAUGAUUGUUAGUACAACUGAUAAAGCAGCAGUAACAGUACAAACAGCAGCAGCAGCGGCGGCAGGGAGAAGGGGAGGAGAUGGGCGGAGUCACCUCGUCAAUUGCCGCGAAAUUUGCUUUCUUCCCUCCGACUCCGCCGUCGUACACGGUGGUAGCUGAUGAUUCUAGCGGUGGCGGCAAGCUGUACAUGCCGGAGUUGCCGAGGAGGGAUGACGUGGAUGUUCUGAAGCUGUCCACUAGGCGAGGGAACGAAAUCGUGGCCGUCCAUAUCAAGCAUCGCAGGGCCACGGCUACUCUGCUGUAUUCGCACGGGAAUGCGGCGGAUUUGGGUCAGAUGUACGAGCUCUUCAUCGAGCUCAGCAAUCGGCUCCGGGUUAACCUCAUGGGCUACGAUUACUCUGGUUACGGACGGUCAAGUGGAAAGCCAACAGAAUGCAAUACAUACGCAGACAUAGAUGCAGCCUACAAUUGCCUAAGGGAGCAGUAUGGGGUCAAAGAUGAAGACCUGAUAUUGUAUGGUCAGUCUGUUGGUAGUGGACCCACAGUCGAUCUUGCUUCCCGUUUACCCAAUUUGAGAGGUGUGGUUCUUCACAGUCCACUUCUUUCUGGCAUGAGGGUGUUAUACCAAGUUAAAAGAACCUACUGGUUUGACAUCUACAAGAACAUUGACAAAAUCAGUUUGGUGAAGUGCCCUGUCCUGAUAAUCCACGGAACAGCAGAUGAAGUCGUGGAUUGCUCCCAUGGAAGACAGCUGUGGGAUCUCUGUAAGAACAAAUACGAACCUCUAUGGAUAACUGGAGGGGGGCACUGCAACCUCGAGCUAUAUCCAGAAUUCAUAAAGCAUCUCAAGAAGUUUGUAGUCUCACUGGGGAAAUCUGCAAAAGCAGCAGCCUCUGUUGCGGCUAAUGCAGAGCCCAAUAAGACGACGAUAUCAUCAGAGGCAGAGAGUAAGAAUAAAGCACCACCGGACCCACCUGGAACCGCAGAAGAUACUUUUGAAUUGGUAGCAGCAGAGCUUCCACCGCCACCUCAAAUGUCGAGAAACAGUUUAGACAGUCGGCUGGAGAAGUCCAAGAAGUCGAGCAAGCACGAGAAAUCUCGAAUGAGCAUUGACCGCGUCGAUAGAUUUAUUAGAAGGAAACGAGGCUUGGUCUGGUGAGUUAAGGGUUACAUCCCAACCCCAAGGGAAAGAGACGAGAGCCUCAUCGUCAAUGACCCUUGCUUUAUGCUGCUUGCGUCCCCGAACUUCAGGGUCAGUUUGUGAUGUUGCUGUUAUGUGCAAGGAUAUAAUACCCUAGCUAGACUGAGACCUGUAAUUUUAUCUAUUUUUUUCCUUUCACAUGAUGUUAAAAAUAAUGUAUGUAUUUGGGAAGGAUGACUAAGCAUGAUAAAAAGAAAAGGUAAAAGAGAACAUAAAUCAUCUCUGCAUAUUCUGGUGCUGUAAAAACGACUCUCUCCAACUCAACUCAAAUGUGAUGUAAUUUGUACAUCAUUCAGGCUCCAAUAUACGUACAUG